CCAUCGCAACUACAGAGAAUCAUAGACAGGACCUUUGACUACCGUCACAAUCCAACAAUCUACAUAAUGUCUCUUCGCUUCGUCCCACAAAAGGCUCACCCGAGUCACACAUCGCUCGAAACGUCUGCUCCAUCAGCACCCGGUGUCCACGAUACUCUCCGUUCUCGCCUUGCCGAAACGUCGACUCCCGCCACCGCGGCGCCUUCCAAACAAUCUGUCAAGCUCCAGUCAGCACAUCCCUUGGAGGCACGACUUGUCCAAUGGCGUGAGACGCAGGACCGCAUGAAGAUGGAGAUGUUGAAGCGUCAGUUCGGUAUCGCGGAGCCCAUCCGGCGGGGAAUGGAAGUCAAAAUCGCGACAGCUGGGGAAUGGAGACCGGCUGUGUUGGGCGGAUCUAGCGGAGUUCACAAGGACAUUCUGGAGGGACGGGACUGCGAGAUUGGCUGGGAGGAUGUAUUUGUCGGCAACGAGCUUCGCGAGGUACCCGGAUUCCAUGCCGAAUUGGAAUCCAAGAUGAAGAUGAACUGGUGA